AUGAUUAGAUUCGGAAAGAAGGGAAAACUAAACCCACGGUACAUUGAACCCAUCAAAAUUCUUGAAAGAAUUGGGCUUGUUGCUUAUCGCCUUCAAUUACCUCAAGAAUUGGAAAAAGUACACAAUGUUUUCCAUGUCUCAAAUUUGAAAAAGUGUCUGGUCGAGGACACUCUUGUCAUCCCUCUCGGCGAAAUCGAGUUAAACACUGAUCUACACUUUAUUGAAGAACCAGUUGAGAUUAUGGACCGUGAAAUCAAGAAAUUAAGACAAAGUCGCAUCCCUAUCGUGAAAGUGCGUUGGAACUCAAAAAGGGGACUAGAGUUCACGUGGGAACAAGAGGAUCAAAUGAAGAAGAAAUGCCCCCAAUUGUUCGACAACGAUACACCUAUCAAUUGA